CGCGUUAAUCCCCAUCAAACCCCCCAGACUUUUCCUCCAGCGCCCUCCUCCGGCCCUUCCAGCCGCCAAGCCUUCGAGAACCCUCCGAAGCUCGCUCGAUCCGAUCGGACCCCGCGCGGGCUGCCGCCAUGGCCGACGAGGCGAAGGCGAAGGGUAAUGCGGCGUUCUCCGCCGGCCGCUUCGACGAGGCGGCGCGGCACUUCUCGGACGCCAUCGCGCUCGCCCCGGGCAACCACGUCCUCUACUCCAACCGCUCCGCCGCGCUCGCCUCGCUCCACCGCUACUCCGACGCGCUUGCCGACGCGCAGAAGACCGUCGAGCUCAAGCCCGACUGGGCCAAGGGCUACUCGCGGCUCGGCGCCGCGCACCUCGGCCUCGGCGACGCCGCCAGCGCCGUCGGCGCCUACGAGAAGGGGCUCGCGCUCGACCCCAGCAACGAGGGCCUCAAGGCGGGGCUCGAGGACGCCAAGAAGGCCGCCGCCGCCGCGCCCCGCCGCGGGCCGUCCGGGCCCGACGCCAUCGGCCAGAUGUUCCAGGGCCCCGAGCUGUGGAGCAAGAUCGCGGCUGACCCUACCACGCGCGCCUACCUUGACCAGCCCGACUUCAUGCAGAUGCUGCGCGAGGUGCAGAGGAACCCCGGCAGCCUCAACAUGUACCUCUCCGAUCCCCGCAUGAUGCAGGUGCUCAGCCUCAUGCUUAACAUCAAGAUCCAGAGACCCGAGGCCUCCGAGCCGUCGCAGUCUACCCCGCCGCCGCCGCCGCAGCAGCAGCAGACGCCGCCUCCUGAGACGAAGGCGAGGGAGGUUGAGCCGGAGCCAGAGCCAGAGCCGAUGGAUUUGACUGAUGAGGAGAAGGAGCGAAAGGAGAGGAAAGCAGCUGCUCAGAAGGAGAAGGAAGCAGGUAACGCAGCUUACAAGAAAAAGGACUUUGAGACGGCGAUCCAGCACUACACUAAAGCCUUGGAACUUGACGACGAGGAUAUUUCCUAUCUGACUAACCGAGCAGCGGUCUACAUUGAGAUGGGAAAGUACGAUGAAUGCAUUAAGGACUGUGAUAAGGCUGUGGAGAGGGGUAGAGAACUUCGUGCUGAUUUCAAGAUGAUCUCAAGGGCACUGACAAGAAAAGGAACUGCUCUAGUCAAACUUGCUAAGACCUCUAAAGAUUUUGAUAUCGCCAUUGAGACCUUUCAGAAGGCUCUAACUGAGCACCGGAAUCCAGACACUCUUAAAAAGUUAAAUGAGGCUGAGAAGGCAAAGAAAGAGUUGGAGCAACAAGAGUACUAUGAUCCAAAGUUAGCUGAUGAGGAGAGGGAGAAAGGUAACGAGUUCUUCAAGCAGCAAAAAUACCCAGAAGCAAUAAAACAUUACACGGAGGCUCUUAGGAGAAACCCGAAGGAUCCUAGGGUAUACAGCAAUAGAGCUGCAUGCUACACCAAGUUAGGAGCCAUGCCUGAAGGUCUUAAAGAUGCAGAGAAGUGUCUUGAGCUAGACCCCACCUUCACCAAAGGGUACACACGGAAAGGUGCAAUUCAAUUCUUCAUGAAAGAAUAUGACAAGGCCAUGGAAACCUACCAGGCUGGCCUAAAGCAUGAUCCUAAUAACCAGGAACUGCUUGAUGGUGUUAGGAGGUGCAUUGAACAGAUCAACAAGGCCAACAGAGGAGAAAUAAGCCAGGACGAAUUGCAAGAAAGACAGAAUAAAGCUAUGCAGGACCCAGAAAUCCAGAACAUCCUUACGGAUCCUAUCAUGCGACAGGUGCUAAUUGAUUUCCAGGAGAACCCCAGGGCCGCUCAGGAGCACCUGAAGAACCCUGGAGUUAUGCAGAAGAUUCAGAAACUCGUAAGCGCUGGAAUAGUCCAGAUGAGAUGAUGAUGCGAUUGUACCCACCUAUUCGUGUCUUGUGCUGGGCUUGUUAAUUCACAUGCCCCCGUUCGUACCUUUCCAAAAUGUAGCCGUGGCAAAGGAAUCAACUUAUUGGGGGCUAGUGUCGUCCUUUUCCCGAUUGGAUUGUAAGGGCAGUUGACAUUGGAUUAUUCAUGUUUGUGGUACUGAGUUAUAGGCUACGUCCGUUUUUCGUGAUCCCAACGAAUCA